GUUGCAGAGCUUCCGGUUUUAUAAAACAAAUCAACGUGCUGGUUACCAAACUCAGACCUCUCAAUAAACCAAGCGGAUUGUAACUGUUUUGCGCCACAAUUACGGCAUGGCUCAUACUUGUAUUCACUGGUUCCGCAAGGGACUCAGGCUGCAUGACAACCCAGCUCUGAUGGCUGCUCUGAGGGACUGUAAGGAGCUGUACCCUGUGUUCAUCCUGGACCCUUACAUUUAUAACAACACCCUUGUGGGUAUCAACCGCUGGAGGUUUCUCAUUGGAUGCCUCAAAGACCUGGACUGCAGCCUCAGGAAACUCAACUCCAGGCUGUUUGUUGUGCGAGGGAAGCCUGAGGAAGUGUUCCCCAAGCUGUUCGAGAAGUGGAAAGUCACAAAAUUAACCUAUGAGUAUGACACAGAGCCCUACAGCCUGAGCCGGGACAAAACGGUGACCACACUGGCCAAAGAACAUGGAGUUGAAGUCGUCUACAAAAUCUCACACACUAUUCAUGAUAUGGACAGGAUAAUUGAGGAAAACAAUGGGAAGGCCCCCCUUACUUAUAACCGUUUUCGAACAAUAUUGAAGACUAUAGGUAACCCUAAGAAACCCAUCCCUGCACCAGCUAUCGAAGACACUAAAGAUGUGAAGACGCCUUGUUCAGAAAACCAUGACAAGAAUGAUGGGAUACCUACUCUGGAGGAUCUCGGUCAUGACACCACAACUCUGGGAGAGGAGAAGUUCCCAGGAGGAGAACAGGAGGCUCUGAGGAGAUUAGACGAAAACAUGGCAAGAAAGGAUUGGGUGUGUAAGUUUGAGAAGCCGCAGACUUCUCCAAACUCUCUGAGCCCCAGCACCACGGUCCUCAGUCCAUACGUCACGUUUGGCUGCCUGUCUGCACGCACCUUCUGGUGGAGGGUGACAGAAGUCUAUCAGGGGAAGAAGCACUCGGAGCCUCCAGUUUCCCUGCAUGGCCAGCUGCUGUGGAGAGAGUUUUACUACGCCGCUGGUGUGGGUAUCCCUAACUUUGACAAGAUGGAGGGCAACCCCGUAUGUACCCAGGUGGAUUGGGACACAAACCAUGAAUACCUUGCUGCAUGGAGAGAGGCUCGGACUGGUCUCCCUUUCAUUGACGCCAUCAUGACUCAGCUGAGGCAAGAGGGCUGGAUCCACCACCUGGCCAGACAUGCUGUCGCCUGUUUUCUCACCAGGGGAGACUUGUGGAUCAACUGGGAAGAAGGGCAGAAGGUGUUUGAGUAUCUUUUAUUGCAUGGCGACUGGGCCCUGAAUGCUGGAAACUGGCAGUGGCUCUCAGCGAGUGCCUUCUUCCACCAGUACUUCAGAGUUUACUCCCCUGUCGCAUUUGGCAAGAAGACAGACAAAAAUGGAGAUUACAUCAAAAAGUACCUUCCUCUUCUGAAGAAGUUCCCAGCCCAGUAUAUCUAUGAGCCUUGGAAGGCUCCGCGCAGUGUCCAGCAGGCAGCAGGUUGCAUUGUGGGUAAAGACUACCCACAACCUAUUGUACAGCAUGAAGUGAUCAGCAAGAAGAACAUCCAGAGGAUGAAGUUAGCUUAUGCUAAGAGAUCCGCAGAGUCUGCCGAAUCACCAAACCAAUCACCCAGCAAAAAGCAAGGUGUCAAGCGAAAGGCUAAAUCCGUCAUUGACAUGCUGCAAAAGAAAGACAAAAAAUAAUAAUGGUACACAAAAUAAACUAUAGUUAUACCGCAUUGUGUGGGCUGAAAGCUUGGGACACUUUUUUGUGUAUACAUGUAACAGAUGUAAAUAUGCAGUGGGGUUUAUUGAAUUUUUUCUGUAUAAUCACACAAAUUCUGUGUUUUAUAUUAUUUUAUUCUGUGUUUUAUAUUAUUUUAUUCUGUGUUCUUCAUUUUAUUGAAUGAUAAAUACCUGGCAAGGUCGGAGAUCAGUGGGCGGAACCUCUGAAGUGUGGUCGCUGUGCUCAGGAGUUUUUUGUUGUGAGGACUUUCCCCCCUAUAUAUUGUGUCCCUCACGUUUCCUCUGCCUUUUCGUAAAAUGUUCCAUGUGAGAGGAGUCAUCGUGAGGAAUUGAUGUAAAACUGAUCGUUUUUUAUCUGUUGUCAGUCAUUAAACAGAGAUCGUCUCAACUUUACGCUGGCUCGGGUCUCAUCCAUUAUCAACACAAUGCAGAGACCGCUUAACCACACCGGUUACAUACAGACAGUGUAAUUUGUCUGUUUCUUCUCCUUUAACUUGUUACUGUUUUAUAUUGUAUCUAUGCCAAUAUUUGUAAAAAGUGAGUGAAAGGGUAUACCAAAAAAAAAUAUUUCUUGCAUGGAUAUUGAGGUGAAAUGUAUAAGGAUUUAUGGUCUCAUCUUGUAUGAAGACUACAGAUUUUUAAAGAAAUCGGGUUGUAUCUUCAGCACCUUAAA